CCCGCGUCUCCGCCCGCUCGGCCAUGGGCGCCGCCGGCUCGUCGGCUCUGGGCCGCCUCGGCCUCCCCGCGCCGUCCCGGCCCGCCUGGCUCGGGGUGGCCGCGCUGGGACUGGCCGCCGUGGCGCUGGGCACGGUCGCCUGGCGCCGCGCGCGCUGCAGGCGGCGCCGGCGGCUGCAGCAGGUGGGCACCGUGGCGCAGCUCUGGAUCUACCCGGUCAAGUCGUGCAAGGGGGUGCCGGUGAGCGCGGCGGAGUGCACGGCCUUGGGGCUGCGCUGCGGCCACCUGCGGGACAGGUUUUGGCUGGUGAUUAAGGAAGAUGGGCACAUGGUCACUGCCCGGCAGGAGCCUCGCCUGGUGCUGGUGUCCAUCACCUAUGAGGGCGACCGCCUGAUCCUCAAGGCCCCUGGCAUGGACCAGCUGGCUUUGCCGAGCAAGCUGCCUUCCUCAAACAAGCUCCGGGACUGCAGGCUCUUUGGUAUGGACAUCAAGGGCAGGGACUGCGGCGACCAGGCGGCUCAGUGGUUCACCAACUUCUUGAAAACAGAGGCUUUCCGGCUGGUCCAGUUUGAGAAGCACAUGAAGGGAAGGCCGUCCAAGGACAUUUUCUCUACCUCAGUGCCGGAUUACCAGGUGGCUUACCCGGACUGCUGUCCGAUCAUGAUCCUGUCGGAAGCCUCGCUGGUGGACCUGAAUACCAGGCUGGAGAAGAAAGUGAAAAUGGACCAGUUCAGACCCAAUAUCGUGGUGACAGGCUGCGAUGCUUUCGAGGAGGAUACUUGGGAUGAACUCCUGAUUGGCAACGUAGAAAUGAAAAAGGUUUUGUCUUGCCCCAGGUGCAUUUUGACCACUGUAGACCCAGAUACUGGAGUGAUAGACAGGAAGGAGCCACUGGAAACCCUGAAGAGCUACCGCCUGUGUGAUCCUUCCGAGAAGGCGAUAUACAAUUCGUCCCCACUUUUUGGGGUCUAUUAUUCAGUGGAGAAAAUUGGCAGCCUGAAAGUCGGUGAUCCUGUGUACCAGCUGGUUCAGUGACAUGGUUUCAGGGUCCGGGAGGCCUCUGUAGGAUUUCACCCACAGCAGCAACAGCACCGACCCGGGCCAUCCUCGGUAACCAGCCUGCAGCCAUCCUCAGCUGGAAAUGAAUCCCCAUUUUCAGCUUUUUGAAGUUACACGUGCUCUGAGUGAAUGCAGGAAAAGUAUUAGAGGCCGAUUCAGAAAUAGGAAGAUAGUAGAUUUUAGGUAAUGAGGACUUUUGAAAUAAAUCACACUGUCUGUGAAAUUGUUUUGAAUGUUACUAUGGUGAUUACGCUUCUGGAUCCCUGAUGUUAAUAUUGAUGAGUGUUUAAGAAAGCUUGAAGAAUCGUGUUUUAGGGGGAAUGGGAAAUGAGAUCACCGUUUUCUGAGGUGUCUUUUACAUGUUAACACAAAUUCCUGUUGUCGGUCUUUACGUGGCUGUUGAAUCCUGUCAACCUUUUGCUCACGGGUUUUGGAAUCGGGUUGUACGUGAGUAUGGAAGUUAAUUUAUAGAUCUUGUUUUUAUUUUCGAUUAAGCCUCUGUGAAGCCAUCUGGAAGUAAUGUGUGUGUAACUGCCAGAUACACUGCCUGGAAUUCCAAGUAUGAUGAAGAAAAGAUGGGAUUUUAAAAAGAAUGGAAUUUUGAGAGCAGGAGAGAGAGGAGGAAAGCAUGAGCACGUUUUUUUAAGGUGCAAAUAAUUUUUUUUGUAACAGAGAAAUGAACUAUUUUGGUAUGACUAACCAAAAACCCUCACCGAAGAAAUAUGUGAACAAAUUAACCAACUUAAAAUUUUGUGGUUUCUUUAAUAUUAAUAAAUGUGAAUCUUAGUUGUA